AUGGAGUUUCAUGGAGACCCUUCUGUUACGCAGUACUCUUUUAAGCACGGAAAGAAACGUCUCCUUUUGCAUGUGGUCUUCUCCAUGAGACGUAAUCAAACGGGACCUCAAAACAGCAGACUUCGAUGGGAAGACCUAACCUUAGACAACACUACUUGUGACAAAGACAACACUACUUGUGACAAAGACAGCACUACUUGUGACAAAGACAGCACUACUUGUGACAAAGACAGCACUACUUGUGACCAAGACAGCACUACUUGUGACCAAGACAGCACUACUUGUGACCAAGACAGCACUACUUGGGACAAAGACAGCACUACUUGUGACAAAGACAGCACUACUUGUGACAAAGACAGCACUACUUGUGAGAAAGACAGCACUACUUGUGACAAAGACAGCACUACUUGUGACAAAGACAGCACUACUUGUGACAAAGACAGCACUACUUGUGACAAAGACAGCACUACUUGUGACAAAGACAGCACUACUUGUGACAAAGACAGCACUACUUGUGAGAAAGACAGCACUACUUGUGACAAAGACAGCACUACUUGUGACAAAGACAGCACUACUUGUGACAAAGACAGCACUACUUGUGACAAAGACAGCACUACUUGUGACAAAGACAGCACUACUUGUGACAAAGACAGCACUACUUGGGACAAAGACAGCACUACUUGUGAGAAAAACAGCACUACUUGUGACAAAGACAGCACUGCUUGUGACAAAGACCGCACUGCUUGUGACAAAGACAGCACUCCUUGUGACCAAGACAGCACUACUUGUGACCAAGACAGCACUGCUUGUGACGAAGACAGCACUGCUUGUGACAAAGACAGCACUACUUGUGACCAAGACAGCACUACUUGUGACAAAGACAGCACUACUUGUGACCAAGACAGCACUGCUUGUGACAAAGACAGCACUACUUGUGACCAAGACAGCACUACUUGUAACAAAGACAGCACUACUUGGGACAAAGACAGCACUACUUGUGACCAAGACAGCACUGAUUGUGACAAAGACAGCACUACUUGUGACCAAGACAGCACUACUUGUAACAAAGACAGCACUACUUGGGACAAAGACAGCACUACUUGUGACCAAGACAGCACUGCUUGUGACAAAGACAGCACUACUUGUGACCAAGACAGCACUACUUGUGACCAAGACAGCACUACUUGGGACAAAGACAGCAGAGUAGUUCUAGGAGAUGAACCAGACUCUUUCUACGAGAUGAACCAGACUCUUUCUGGGAGAUGA